GAGGCGCGGGCUGCGCCACUGCUGUGGUGGCCAUGGCCGCGGUGUUAACCUGGCUUUACUCUGACAACGACCUCGCGGCCCGAGAGCCUUUUGUAGAGCUUACAUUCUCUGUGGAAGAUGUGACAUAUCCAGACAGUACACAUCAUGAUGCAGGGCAAUACAUGUCAUAGAAUGUCAUUCCACCCAGGACGAGGGUGUCCCCGAGGACGAGGAGGACAUGGAGGCAGACCCUCAGCACCAGCCUUCAGGCCCCAAAAUCUGAGACUGCUUCACCCUCAGCAGCCUCCAGUGCCAUAUCAAUAUGAACCUCCAAGUGCCCCUUCCACCACAUUCUCGAACUCUCCAGCCCCCAAUUUUUUGCCUCCACGACCAGACUUUGUACCCUUCCCUCCACCCAUGCCUCCGUCAGCACAAGGCCCUCUUCCCCCCUGCCCAAUUAGGCCCCCUUUCCCCAACCACCAGAUGAGGCACCCCUUCCCAGUGCCUCCCUGUUUUCCUCCCAUGCCACCUCCGAUGCCCUGUCCUAAUAACCCCCCAGUCCCUGGAGCACCUCCUGGACAAGGCACUUUCCCCUUCAUGAUGCCCCCUCCUUCCAUGCCUCAUCCCCCGCCCCCUCCGGUCAUGCCACAGCAGGUUAAUUAUCAGUACCCUCCAGGGUACUCGCACCACAGUUUCCCACCUCCCAAUUUUAAUAAUUUCCAGAACAACCCCAGUUCUUUCCCGCCCAGUGCUAAUAAUAGCAGUAGUCCUCACUUUAGGCAUCUCCCCCCAUACCCACUCCCAAAGGCUCCCAGUGAAAGAAGGUCUCCAGAAAGGCUCAAACACUACGAUGAUCACAGGCACCGAGAUCACAGUCAUGGGCGAGGUGAGAGGCAUCGGUCCCUGGAUCGUCGGGAUCGAGGCCGAAGUCCUGACAGGAGAAGACAAGACAGCCGCUACAGAUCCGAUUAUGACCGAGGGAGAACGCCGUCUCGCCACCGCAGCUAUGAGCGGAGCAGAGAGCGGGAACGGGAGAGACACAGGCAUCGGGACAGCCGAAGAUCACCAUCUCUGGAAAGGUCCUACAAAAAAGAGUAUAAGAGAUCUGGAAGGAGUUAUGGUUUACUGGUUGUUCCUGAACCUGCUGGAUGCACACCAGAAUUACCUGGGGAGAUUAUUAAAAGUACAGAUUCUUGGGCCCCACCCCUGGAGACUGUGAUUCAUCACUCCCCAAGUAGGGAGAAGAAGAGAGCUCGUUGGGAGGAAGAAAAAGACAGGUGGAGUGACAACCAGAGCUCUGGCAAGGAGAAGAACUAUACCUCAAUCAAGGAAAAGGAGGCAGAGGAGUCCCUGCCAGACAAAAAUGAGGAGGAGGAAGAAGAACUUCUCAAGCCUGUGUGGAUUCGCUGCACCCAUUCAGAAAACUACUACUCCAGUGACCCCAUGGAUCAGGUGGGAGAUUCUACUGUAGUUGGGACAAGUAGGCUCCGUGAUUUAUAUGACAGAUUUGAGGAAGAGUUGGGGAGCAGGCAAGAAAAGGCCAAAGCUGCCAGACCACCGUGGGAACCUCCGAAGACCAAGCUAGAUGAAGAUUUAGAGAGUUCCAGUGAAUCUGAGUGUGAGUCUGAUGAAGACAGCACCUGUUCUAGCAGUUCAGAUUCGGAAGUUUUUGACGUCAUUGCAGAAAUCAAACGCAAAAAGGCCCACCCUGACCGACUGCACGACGAACUUUGGUACAACGACCCAGGCCAGAUGAAUGAUGGACCACUCUGCAAAUGCAGUGCAAAAGCGAGACGCACAGGAAUUAGGCACAGCAUUUAUCCUGGAGAAGAGACCAUCAAGCCCUGUCGUCCAAUGACCAACAAUGCUGGCAGACUUUUCCACUACCGGAUUACAGUCUCCCCUCCUACAAACUUUUUAACUGACAGGCCAACUGUUAUAGAAUACGAUGAUCACGAGUAUAUCUUUGAAGGAUUUUCUAUGUUUGCACAUGCCCCUUUGACCAAUAUUCCACUGUGUAAAGUAAUCAGAUUCAACAUAGACUACACAAUUCAUUUCAUUGAAGAGAUGAUGCCUGAGAAUUUUUGUGUGAAAGGGCUUGAACUCUUUUCACUGUUCCUAUUCAGAGACAUUUUGGAAUUAUAUGACUGGAAUCUUAAAGGUCCUUUGUUUGAAGACAGUCCUCCCUGCUGCCCAAGAUUUCACUUCAUGCCACGUUUUGUAAGAUUUCUUCCAGAUGGAGGAAAGGAGGUGUUGUCCAUGCACCAGAUUCUCCUCUACUUAUUACGGUGUAGCAAAGCCCUAGUACCUGAAGAGGAGAUUGCCAAUAUGCUUCAGUGGGAGGAGCUCGAGUGGCAGAAAUAUGCAGAAGAAUGCAAGGGCAUGAUUGUCACCAACCCCGGAACGGUAUGCUCUGGUGUUUACACAUUCAGACUGAGUCACCUUCUUUUCCAGAAACCAAGCUCUGUCCGCAUCGAUCAACUGGAUCGUGAGCAGUUCAACCCCGAUGUGAUUACUUUUCCGAUUAUCGUCCACUUUGGGAUACGCCCUGCACAAUUGAGUUACGCAGGAGACCCACAGUACCAGAAACUAUGGAAGAGUUAUGUGAAACUUCGCCACCUCCUAGCAAAUAGUCCCAAAGUCAAGCAAACCGACAAACAGAAGCUGGCACAGAGGGAGGAAGCUCUUCAAAAAAUACGACAGAAGAAUACAAUGAGGCGAGAGGUAACCGUGGAGCUAAGUAGCCAAGGAUUCUGGAAAACUGGCAUUCGUUCUGAUGUCUGUCAGCAUGCAAUGAUGCUGCCUGUUUUAACUCAUCAUAUCCGCUACCACCAAUGCCUGAUGCAUCUGGACAAGUUGAUAGGAUAUACUUUCCAAGAUCGUUGUUUGUUACAGCUGGCCAUGACUCAUCCAAGUCAUCAUUUAAAUUUUGGAAUGAAUCCUGACCAUGCCAGGAAUUCAUUGUCUAACUGUGGAAUUCGGCAGCCCAAAUAUGGAGACAGAAAAGUUCAUCACAUGCACAUGCGGAAAAAAGGAAUUAACACCUUAAUAAAUAUUAUGUCACGCCUUGGCCAAGAUGACCCAACUCCCUCAAGGAUUAAUCACAAUGAACGGUUAGAGUUCCUGGGUGACGCUGUUGUUGAAUUUCUUACCAGUGUCCAUUUGUACUAUUUGUUUCCUAGUCUGGAAGAAGGAGGAUUAGCAACCUAUCGGACGGCCAUUGUUCAGAAUCAGCACCUUGCCAUGCUAGCAAAGAAACUUGAGCUGGAUCGAUUUAUGCUGUAUGCUCAUGGGCCUGACCUUUGUAGAGAAUCUGAUCUUCGACAUGCAAUGGCUAAUUGUUUUGAAGCGUUAAUAGGAGCUGUUUACUUGGAGGGAAGCCUGGAGGAAGCCAAACAGUUAUUUGGACGCUUACUCUUUAAUGAUCCGGACCUGCGCGAAGUCUGGCUCAAUUAUCCUUUGCACCCACUCCAGCUGCAAGAGCCAAAUACUGAUCGACAACUUAUUGAAACUUCUCCAGUUCUACAGAAGCUUACUGAGUUUGAAGAAGCAAUUGGAGUAAUUUUUACUCAUGUUCGACUUCUGGCAAGGGCAUUCACAUUGAGAACUGUGGGAUUUAAUCAUCUGACCCUAGGUCACAAUCAGAGGAUGGAAUUCCUAGGUGACUCCAUAAUGCAACUGGUAGCCACAGAGUACUUAUUCAUUCAUUUCCCAGAUCAUCAUGAAGGACACUUAACUUUGUUGCGAAGCUCUUUGGUGAAUAACAGAACUCAAGCCAAGGUGGCAGAGGAGCUGGGCAUGCAGGAGUAUGCCAUAACAAACGACAAAACCAAGAGGCCGGUGGCCCUCCGGACCAAGACCUUGGCGGACCUUUUGGAAUCAUUUAUUGCAGCACUAUACAUUGAUAAGGAUCUGGAAUAUGUUCAUACUUUCAUGAAUGUCUGUUUCUUUCCACGAUUAAAAGAGUUCAUUUUGAAUCAGGAUUGGAAUGACCCCAAAUCCCAACUUCAGCAGUGUUGCUUGACACUUAGGACAGAAGGAAAAGAGCCAGACAUUCCUCUGUAUAAGACUCUGCAGACGGUGGGGCCAUCCCAUGCUAGAACCUACACCGUGGCUGUUUAUUUCAAGGGAGAAAGAAUAGGCUGUGGGAAAGGACCAAGUAUUCAGCAAGCGGAAAUGGGAGCUGCAAUGGAUGCACUUGAAAAAUAUAACUUUCCCCAGAUGGCCCAUCAGAAGCGGUUCAUUGAACGAAAAUAUAGACAGGAGUUAAAAGAAAUGAGGUGGGAAAGGGAGCACCAGGAGAGAGAGCCGGAUGAGACUGAAGACGUCAAGAAGUGAAGGCAGGCCUGGGACUGGUGGCGUAUGUACUUCCUUAACAGCUGUGACCGUUGCUCAUUGAGAGCUAGCCUGGUUUUCCUAACACAGUGAAUGAAGUGUCUACAUUGAAAUAAAACACAAAGCCAAAUCACUGUUGUUUUGCUGACUUAAUAUCCUGUUUUUAGCUGGAUGGUCUUUAUUAUAAAGUAUUUGAUUUCUGUUUAAUGGAAAACUUCAUUUUGUUGGAUGUGCACUAUUAUUUUGCUCUUUAAACAAUAAAAUUCAAAAAGCA